CCAGGGUCCAGUUGCACUCCCUGUCUGUCUUUGUGAUGGACAAGCUCCGGCUCGGCUACCUCUGCCUCGGGGCGCGCCUCAGCUGGCUUCGUCGCGGUCUCGGGACCCCCAUCCAGACCUGCCACCGGAGCUUGACCUCCUGCAUCGAUCCUUCCUUGGGAUUAAAUGAGGAGCAGAAAGUUUUUCAGAAAGUGGCCUUUGACUUUGCUGCCCAGGAAAUGGCUCCAAAUAUGGCAGAGUGGGACCAGAAGGAGAUGUUCCCUGUGGAUAUGAUGCGGAAGGCAGCACAGCUAGGCUUUGGGGGAGUCUACGUCCGAACAGAUGUUGGUGGAUCUGGACUGUCACGGCUUGAUACCUCUGUCAUCUUUGAAGCAUUGGCUACAGGCUGCACCAGCACCACAGCCUACAUGAGCAUCCACAACAUGUGUGUGUGGAUGAUUGAUAGCUUUGGAAAUGAAGAACAGAGACAUAAGCUUUGCCCACCACUUUGUGCCAUGGAGAAGUUUGCCUCCUACUGCCUCACUGAACCAGGAAGUGGAAGCGAUGCUGCAUCCCUUUUGACCACCGCUAAACAACAAGGAGAUCAUUACAUCCUCAAUGGCUCCAAGGCCUUCAUCAGUGCAGGUGGUGAGUCAGACAUCUAUGUGGUUAUGUGCCGAACUGGAGGACCAGGCCCCAAAGGCAUCUCAUGCAUAGUUGUGGAGAAGGGGACCCCAGGCCUCAGCUUUGGCAAGAAGGAGAAAAAGGUGGGGUGGAACUCCCAACCAACCCGAGCUGUAAUCUUCGAAGACUGUGCUGUCCCUGUGGUCAACAGGAUUGGGAGCGAGGGGCAGGGCUUUCAUAUUGCCAUGAAGGGACUGAAUGGCGGGCGGAUCAACGUCGCUUCCUGCUCUCUGGGAGCUGCUCAUGCUUCAAUCAUCCAUGCCCGAGAGCACCUCAAGGUCAGGAAGCAGUUUGGAGCACCUCUGGCCAGUAACCAGUACCUACAAUUCCAACUGGCUGACAUGGCCACAAGGCUGGUUGCCUCAAGACUGAUGGUUCGAAAUGCUGCUGUGGCCUUGCAGGAAGAGCGGGAAGAUGCAGUGGCCCUGUGCUCCAUGGCCAAGCUCUUUGUUACAGACGAAUGCUUUGCUAUCUGCAACCAGGCUUUGCAGAUGCAUGGGGGCUAUGGCUACCUGAAGGAUUAUGCUGUUCAGCAGUAUAUGAGGGACUCCAGGGUCCACCAAAUUCUAGAAGGUAGCAACGAAGUGAUGAAGAUGCUGGUCUCUCGAAGCCUGCUUCAGGAGUAGCACACAUGGGGUGCCCUGGCAUGGUGUUCACUGUGCAGCUGCCACCACCAUUGAGUGCUCCCACAUGGACUGUUCACUUCCGAGUGGGAUCAUGGAAUAUGAAGGGUUGAGCUUUUCCGAGGUGCGACCUGAGCUUUGUGUUGGCUCUUGGGCUGUAAUAGAGUGUUCAGAAACAGAAGAGCUUCCCUGACAAGUCAUGUCUCUCUCACAAACACAGAACCCCUAAUGCCAGAAAGACAAUCAGUGAACAUCUAUUAUCAAAGUCUUGCCUUGGAUCCCCAUGGUCUCAAUUGGUCUGCAUUUUACCAGCUCCCUUGAUUUCUCCCUCAGGGGACUGGGUACUUCCCUGAGGCUUUUCCUCAUCAUAGAACAAAGAUGUUGAGAGGCUAGGAGAGGGAGCCCUCUGUGCCAAAGUAGCAAUGUCUGGCUAGCACUCUGAAUGUAAAUCAGGAUUUAGUGAGUAUUUGGGAAGCUACUGUUAAGCUGUGCUUAGUGUGUAUCUGCACUUCUGAGCUACCCAGUUAAUCAAGGACUGUUGUUAAUUGGAAUUUUGAAUGUGUGCUGGUGGUUUCUUUUUGGGCUUUUUUGCGGGGGAGGGAAUUUGUUUAUUGUUUUGGGGUUUUUGUUUUUUUGAGAGGCUUGUGGUCUACAAAUGAUAUUUAGGGUUUUUAUCAACCUUUCUAUCUGGGCUUGUUUUCUGUUUCAGAUUGCUUCUCUACUGAAAUACUUUUAAUCACUACAUUAGUAAAUAAAUUCUCUCCCUUUUUAUAUUAUCUCUAUUCACUAAUGUUGGUUUUUACUUCAUCUUAUAAACUGUCUAUACUAUUUUUAAGAGAUGUGUUAUAUUUGAUUAAACAUUUCACUGAAUUUGGA